UGCUUUUACGAGAGAUUGGAUCGAGACACUACUUCUUUGUUUUGUCGACGUCUCUGUCAAGAUGAUUAUGAAGUUAUGACGUAAUGGCAAGAAGUGAGAAAAAUCUGCUAGAAUGGACACCAUUCCAAAACAGACAGGACCUGUGAUUUGCUUGUUCUUUAUUUGUGGACGUCUCAUUUUGGGACAAGACCCUUACGUCUAUUUUGAGAAGAACUGGUGCCGAGAACGCACCCUUCGAACUGAUUGGCGGACUUACACUCACUCGUGUCCAAGUUACUCGCGACAUUGGGCUUACGAGAUUUGGUCGGACGACUUCAAGACUCAUCCCAACCUGAGUUUUAUUUCAGGGGCGGAAAUCAAUCCUGCAGGACAUUUUAGCAAGAUAUAUAUACAGUCUGUGACAGUUCUGAACCGGACAAAGGCGUUCGGUGGAGAUGCGUGGCGCGUUAGAGUCCAGGGCCCUGCAGAUCUUGUUGCUACCGUUAGCGAUAUGGAAAAUGGUACAUACGAAGCCAAGUUUUUACCCAUGGAGCCUGGGACCUACUCCUUACAGAUAACGUUGGACUAUACGCUCUGUCACGGGCUUAAAAACCCGCCUCCUGAUUGGUUUAUGAGAGGCUGUCGACACGGAUCGUUUCAAAGACCAGGAACACUAGCGACAUCGGACGACUAUAUAAAUAGACCACUUUAUUAUGGAGCAUAUUUCACGAUCCAAGUUCCUCCUACCGUGCCACAGGAUGCCCAGUAUUUAGACUCUCUGUUCAGCAGCAGUACCCAGUGGUGUUCUGACGGAUGCAACCUUCUUUUGGACGGUUUUGGAAGAUGGGUGAACAACAACUGGUUACCAUAUAAAACCACUGACUCCAGCGACCCAAGGUCAGGCCAUAGGCAGGGAUCUGGUGUCUUAUGGAUAUAUGGUGACUCGCACAAUCGACGGUUUUACGAAUCAGUGCAACGCCGACAGCUGUGUUCUCGUGUAUUCCGAGCGUGUUAUCAUACCAAUGUAUGGGUCUACUGGCUGGGAACGGUGAACUCAAAUGAGAUGGAUCUUUGUUACGGAGGCCAUGAUCUUAAUGUGACACAAGUCCUGGAAGAACUACGCUCAAUUGUAACGCAGCCAUUAAUGGAUGAAGAUAGCGCCUUGGUACUUAACACAGGAGUCCAUCUCUUAAAAAGCACGAGCUUUAGAAAUUACCAAAAGAUAAUUAAAGGUUUCAUUCGUGUUUUGAAACAGAGCUAUCGAGGAAGGGUUGUUUGGAAGACAACACCCUCCCUCGGGAAACAGACUGAGCUCUACACGGGUUGCUGUCGACGUUUUCACACUGAGCAGCGAAUUAAACUGUUCAACGCCUACGCCAUGAAGAAAAUGUGUGAAGCUGGUAUCCCUGUCUUAGACGUCUACCAGAUUAGCGCAGCAUACCCAGGAGGCACUACUGACGGCGUUCACUUUCCGCCGUUUGUGUUCUACCCAGCAGAAGAUGCCUUGGAGAGAUACUUUACGACAUGACAUUACUUCGUCAGCUUAAGCUCAACAUAGCGAUAAUCUUAGUCUUUCCAUUUAUAUUCUGUUAGCGACGACUACUCCCCCAUCCGCCCCCCCUGAAAACUAUGUGAUCCACACCCCUUAAAAUCAUUUGAUCCUCCGCCAACGUAAAAUGACAAAAAUGCGUAGUAAAGGAACUUAAA